CUUUCUGCUAAUUCUUUACAGCAAAACAACUUAAAACAAAACAAAUAUAUUUAGUUCGUCAUCAUUCGUUCAUUCAUUCACAUCUCGUUAGAAGUUUUCAUUUUAUUUAAUUAACACAUUAGAUUCAGUUGAUUUACGGAUCGUGACAAUUCAUCAUGAUAAAGAUAAUUAUCUAUUGUUUGCUAGUUUAUGCAUUAUUACUUACUGUUAAUUUAGUGGAAUCACGUAUUGAAACAUCAAGUAGAUCUAUUGAUACAGGUGUAGCUACUUGCUCUGCUGAUGAGGAAUGUAUUUUGCACAAUAAAUGCGAUGAAGUCAAUAAAAUAACCAGAAAAAGAUUUCUUUCGAUUGACGAGAGAAAAUAUCUCAGAAGUAGAUUGUGUAGGUACAUUAAUCGUGAACAUCACUUUUGCUGUAAGAAAAAGAUUGAAAAGAAGCGGGUGCUCCCAGAAGUUCCAGUUUGUGGAUUGGUUUUUAGUGACAGAAUUUUUUCUUCAUCUGAGGAUCCUUACAUUGAUAAAUAUCCAUGGACUGCUAUUAGCAUGUAUACCACACCUGAAAAUAAGAUUGAAAGCCACUGUGGAGGAAGCUUAAUCACCGAGCGACACGUCUUAACCGCUGCACAUUGUAAUUUCAGAGUUCCUAAAACCUGGAAAAUAUCAAAAGUCAGACUAGGUGAAUGGGACAGAAGGACAAAUCCAGACUGCAUGGAGUUUGUUAAUGAACAAGUAUGCAACGAUCCAUUUGUGGAUGUUCAAGUUAUGAAAGUUAUUACACAUCCAAAUUACAAAAAGGAAUCUGUUAAUCAAUUCAAUGACAUUGCAAUAUUAGAAUUGGAGAGGGAUGUUAAAUUUACAGAAUGGAUUAAACCUAUUUGCUUGCCAGUUGAUUUAAAUAUCAGAAAUAUGAAUUUCACGUCACACAGCGUGGAAGUCAGUGGAUUUAAAUUGACAGAAAAGGAUGUAGAAAGCUCAAGUCCAACAAAAAAAGUAUUUUAUUUGUAUGUUGUGGAACAAGAAAAAUGUAAAGCUAAUUAUGCAAGCAUGAAAGUUGAUGUCACAAACGCUCAUAUUUGUGCUGGAAUUGAGGAAAAGAAAGAGUUUUGCAAUCCAGAUUCUGGUGGUUCUCUGGUGAAAGAAGGUACCUUUCCUUCUUCAAAGUUCGCUCACUAUCAACUUAUUGGAAUUCAGUCGUUUGGACCAGAGCACUGUGCAACCACAGAAAAUCCAGGAGUUUACACGCUUGUAUCACCACAUAUGGACUGGAUCAUUAAAAAUAUUAAUUAAGAAGAAUGCUU